GAUGGUAACGAAUGAAAACAUUACAAAUAUUCCAAUACAAUGUCUUAUAAUACUCAAGUGAACUGUUGUCUUUAUAAAUAGAAUUACAAUAAAUCAAUUAAAAAUCAAAUAAACGCCAUAUAACCAUGUAUACAGUUUAAUAAAAUAGUCUAAAACAAAAAUAAACCGCGAUAAAUAACAAAAAUAUAACCUAAUUACCUGUGAAGUGAUAAUAGAGAAAAUGUUGAGAGUUUUAAGAUUUGCGGCGACUGCGGUGUUGUUGUUUACAGCCUAUUUCGGCGAUGUCAUAGUGUUUCGGUCUAGGUAUUCGAACUCCUUGCUGUUUCGAGCCAUUUGUGACGUUUUAGUGCAUGGAAGCUUGGGAUUCUUCUCAUCAAUAGUUUUCUUCAGUAUUGAUAAUAAUUAUUCCUCGCUGGAGUACGAUGGGACGCUACAUAUAGUUCUAUGCACAUUUUUCUCGUCCAUAAUCGAUAUUGAUCAUGUUUUCGUCGCUAAAUCGAUUUUUUUGAAGGAUAUGGUCAACCUGAAACACCGAGGAAUAUUCCACUGCACGACGUUUUGGCUCGCCCUCACUGCUUUACUACUCUUCUACAGCUACAUAAAGAAGAGAAUAGAAGUAUACAUGUUUAGUUUCAUGAUUGUAAUAGCAUAUAUUACUCAUCAUUUACGCGAUGGAACACGACGAGGCAUUUGGCUUUACCCUUUGGGAUCAACGCCACCUAUUGACAAACGGCUGUACUAUUUCAUACUAGGCACUUUCCCGCAUGUCAGUGCAAUGUUGUUUAAAAGAUAUAAGCGCUAUUUUAAUUAUCCUACUUUAGAAAGCACUUUUACUGUAUGAUUUUUAAUUUUUUGUUUAGUCAAAUUGAUUUAAGUAAGUAUUAGACGAUUUUUCAGUGAAUGAUCUUUUAUAAAGUUUUUUCUGUCAGUCUCGAUAUAGAUAACAAUAUGAUGCGGUCACUAAUUAUUGUAAGCGUCUACAGGUCCGCAUCGUACGCAUCGUACGCAUCGGACGGAACGCAUCAAACGGAUUGACUGCGUCCACUGUAUCGGCAGCGUUCGGAUUACCGACGCGAGUAUUAGCAAUCGGAUUGCCGAUGCCACUUUCACUCGAAUUUUUGGCAUCGGCAUUCCGUAUGACGUCAUCGGUACGCAUCGCAUGUAGGCAUUGCCGAUGAGCGGUCCGUACGAUGCGGAUCAGUGGACGCAGUUGUAUGAGUUUCUAUACAAGACAAACUAAAAUCCGUUGCGUGCGAUGCGUCAGAUGCGGGUAAAUCGGCGAUGAAAAUCUAUUCAUAAUAUUCUUAAUUAUAUGCUGACUUAGCGAUCGAGUUAUAUCGUAAUUGGAGACUGACAGCAGUCCGUAUCUUUUUAUAUUUUGUGUAUGACUGAGACUGAAAAUGUAUAUAAAUUAUAAUAUUAAAUAAAAAGAAAUGUGAUUGGGAAACUUAAUGAUAAAUACUAGAAAAUUCUAUAAGUAAUUUAAUUUGAAUUUUAUUGCCAAACCUGGGUUUUGAACCCAAGAUCUCACAAUCAGAUGUAGCAUUUGCAAUAUUUAAAUCUAAUUAGUCAAUAUAAAAAUGUUUUAUUAUUAUAAUUUUAUUGAGAUUGAAUAAUUUAAAAUAUAAUUAAUGCAAUAUUUUAAAUUGUAGGGCUUUGAUUAAUGUGUGUUAAAGUUUAGGGUUGACUCUCCUGACAUUGAUAACUGACGGCUUUUGUUAAAAGAAAAGUAAAAAAAGUGUUGAAAAUGUACGAUACGAAAAACAUCUUUAUAUUCCAAUUAAUGACCGAAUUCUUGCAUUACCAAUGUAAGGAUGGUCAGCCCUGUUUUCCAUGUGAUUUAAAUUGGUGCAUAAAUGUCUAAUAAUUAAAUUUUUCUAUGGUUGGGCUAUAGGUAUAAAAAUCAAAUUAUACACGGAAUACAAACGUGCAAACUGUCACAUCAAAUGAAUGUGAUAAAGCCGUAUAUAUGUGAUCGCAUAGGUGUGAGCGAGAGUUUUAUAAAAAUUUAAUUAGUGCAGUUCGCACGUUUGUAUCGUACCGUACGCAUCGUACGCAUUCUGUAUCAUGUCAGUGUACGCAUCGCACGUAGUGCCGAUGAUGCGGUCCGUACGAUGCGGAUCAGUGGACGCAGUUGUAUGAGUUUCUAUACAAGACAAACUAAAAUACGUUGCGUUCGGUGCGUGCGAUGCGGACCUGUGGAAACAUAUUUUAAUGGCUCAACAAGUUGUAAUAUUGUUGUGAUACUUACAUUAGAACUUAAAAAGGAAUUGUUUUAGUUUUUUCUACCAAUACCAAUAUUAAUUCUUUUGAAAUAUCCAAAUAAUAGAAUAAAUAAAGUUUAGGUAAGUUAAUAGAAAUUGCAAAGUGACAGUGACAUUUGAAUUCCCGCCAAUCGCAAUUAUUUCUUAUCUGUAUUGUAUCUUUUAUGACAAAUUGCGCCUAAAAUCUGAAAUGUGUGUAAAAUUAAACACCUGUUACCUAUGAGAUUUCCGUAAAAUGAAUAUCACUUCGUAUUUAUCUUGUAAAAUAAGGACCUAUUCUGAAGAAAAUGAAUAUAUUUGAGUACAAAUUGAGUAUUCCUAAAUUAUUAAUUUAUUCCUAAUUGUAUUUUGUGACAAAUCUAUGGUAACUUCCAUAAGUGACUGUCUCAUUUAUUUUAAAAUUUGUACUAAAACGAUUCAUUUUCACUAAUAUCUGAGCAUUUAUUAAGUAGGAACUUGGGACCUAAAUGUAACCGUUUUUAUUUUUGUAUUUUUUAUUACUAUUUAAUAUUAUGUAACUAUUGUAUAUAACACAUGCAUAUUGUACAUAAAUAAAUCGUUGAACUGA